AAUGCAUAUAGUACAAAGUAGCAUAACAUUAAGUAUUAGUUACGUAUUUACUCCCUCUACAUCCCUAUAAACAUAGAGUAUACACACAUAUUCAUACAUAUAUGUGUAUUUAUGUGUGUAGGUAGCAGCUUGCAUACAUUUUUGAAAGGUACAACUUUGUUGAAAUAAAAUGGCCCAAGUGCUUAGACAAUUGCAAAACGUGGUCACUGCCCAAGGCAAAUUGCAUCCCAUGGUCAAGGGGGCAGUGACCUAUGCGCUACUGUGGCCCACGGGCAGCCUGAUACAGCAAACGCUCGAAGGACGCAAUCUGAAGAAUUACGAUUGGGCGCGUGCUCUGCGCUUCAGUCUCUUCGGUGGUCUCUAUGUGGCGCCCACACUUUAUGGCUGGGUGCGCCUUUCCAGCGCCAUGUGGCCACAGACCAGUCUGCGUGUUGGCAUCGUCAAGGCGCUAACCGAACAAAUCUCUUAUGGACCCUUUGCCUGCAUCUCAUUCUUCAUGGGCAUGAGUCUGCUGGAGCGCAAGAGUUUCGCUGAGGCUGUUGAGGAGACCAAACAGAAGGCAUUGCCCACAUACAAGGUUGGCAUCUGUGUUUGGCCCUUCAUUCAGACGCUGAACUUCUCGCUGGUGCCGGAGCACAAUCGUGUCGUCUUUGUCAGCAUUUGCAGCCUGAUGUGGAUCAUCUUUUUGGCAUACACAAAGACGCGUCAGUUGAGUCACGAUGAAGACAACACUGUGAAUGCGGAUGCAGUUGCAGUUGCUCCCAUUAUUCAGGCUGCAUAAGUUGCGCUCUGUUGUUGUCUGUUAUGUAAAUAAUGCGUGUUGUUUAUAGUACAAUUUUUGGUAGGUCAAUAAAUUGCAUUUAAGUACAACUUCUUCUCCUUCAUAUUCAUCUUGUGACUACGCUACAAGUGGCGGCGGCACACGUGCCACAAUCAAUUCACCAAUCCAGAGCUGCGACGUUGCGGGAUCAUUAUUCGGAGCCGUGGCCACAGUUGCCACAAUCCAGUCCACAUACGCCGAGACCUCGGUGAAGACACCCGGAUAGGGGGGACGAGUGCAGGGUUUAAUGCUCCACGACACAAUGCCCACUUGAGUGUCGCUGCCGGCGAGCAAGAGCGGACCACCAGAGUCACCGCUGCACUGUCCUUUGCCGCCCUCGGGAACUCCGGCGCAUAGCUGAGUGGCAUGGAGUUGCACUUGAUGCAGAUUGCUGCAAUCCUGAUCGCUGAACGCCUGCAGCUGAACCUUCAUCAGCUGAUGCUGCACAACGCCACCAGUCUGCAAGAGAAAAGUACAGAAUAAAUAACUGUGGAAUCUAUGUGGAAAUGGUCGCGAUACCCACGGCAUUUAAACCCCAUCCGGCGAGGACAACACUGCUAUUGGCCAGGGUCAUUUGUUCGGCACUCGGUAAACGCACCGGCUGCACCAGAGCAUCAAGGAUCAACGGUUGCUGCAGCUGCAGCAGAGCAAUAUCAUUGAAGUGCUUAUUCUGCGGCUCGUAGCCGGGAUGCACAAAGAUGGCCUGCACCGUGGCCAACUGUGUGGCAUUGCGUGCAAUGAUAUUGCUGCCAUAUUGUACAUUCACAUCCUGAGGAUUUGCAGAACGCACACAAUGCGCCGCCGUUAACACCCAGCCUGCAUUGAGUAAGGUGCCGCCACAGGAAUGAUGUCCACUCUUGGAGCGACGCAGCGACACCUGAGAAAAGCAAUAAACGUUAUUUGAAGAGGAGACACUACUACAUUGUUGGAGCGCCUUACUGCGUAGGGAAACUCGCCCUUGGCGGCGACAGUCCCAUUGACAAUCUUGCUGUCCUGCAGCUGAUCCUCCAGGCAGCUCGUCAAGCAG